UCGUGCGGUUCGCGGCGCUGCGCUUUUGUACCCGCUAAAAUGGACAACUAAACAAUAAACUUCAACAUGCCUACCGUUUAUGGAAGUAAGGGAAAACUUGCAAGUGUUUGUUUCAUGCUUCAGCACGCAUCCCAGGACAUGACCCAGUCCUGGCCUUACCAGCAGCCCCCAGAGAAAGGGAGCACUCAGCACUUCCUGUAUUCACACUCCAAGGAGGGAAAAAAGGCCAAUUUGCGGCAAAGACAUGUGAGGGAUGGUGUCUCUGUAAGGAUGUCCUCACGCCCAUACGUGGCCCCUCACAAAUCCAUGCUCUCUGAUGACCUGAAGCUCAGCAGUGAUGAAGAUGACAGGGACAAGGGAAGCGAGCAAACAACUUCCUGGGCGGAUAAUGACCGCUUGUCAGGCCAGCAGAGGCACACACACACAUAUGACGGAAGGGUGAGACAUUCUAGCUCAGGGUCUUCAGGAUCAGACUCCUCCAGUGAUUGGGAAAGCAACAGCCAGCGAUCACGCAGCCCAAGCCCAAGAACGCACACCCAGUCCAGGACACCAACCCAACAGCAUACCCCAAACUGCAGAACAGAGGUGGAGAGUCCACCGUCCACACAAUGGCAGUUGGACCGGUGGCUUGAGAAAGUACCUAAAGAGCCUCAUUCAACUGACCACGAUCCCGGAGGAGGACAGCGCCUGAGUGCAAAAUCUGGCAGAGGACCAUCUCCGGGAAGAUACUGGGGAAGAGACCCUGAAUCAAGACAGGCUUACAGUCCAUGCGAAAGUCCAGUACCUAGUCCAAGAUUUGAAUAUAGCCCCAGGAACAGUCCUUGCCCUAGCCCUGAAUAUAGUCCAUGCCCCAGUCCAGGAAUUAGCUUUGUGCCAAGCCCAGUGCCAAGUGUGUGCCCAAGUCCAGGAGACAGCCUCAGAAGGAGUCGUAGUCCCAGCCCUUUACCUCUGAACCCUCCCAGAAGCCCCAGUCCAAAUCUCUCAUGCACCCCAGUACAGAGACAACCCUGCAGUACAUAUCCUCAGGUUCAGCAUCCUCAACAGGCAAGUCCCAGGCAUAUUGCACAGCCAACAGUUGUCUCUGAUCCAGCACAUCGUCCCAAAGUCAGGCCAUGGGUGCCUCCGGACCAUAGCACUGUCAAGAGGAAAGAGUCUAGACCCAAAGACUCUAGAUCCAGAGACUCAAGACCUGGUCCUCCCCAACAGCUUCAUUCCAAACACAGCACAACAGCAAAGUCAAACAAAGACCUCACACACAAGUCUGAAGCCAAAAGCUCUGAAUCCACAAGCAAGCAAAGGUAUAACCAAGCUUCUAACUCAAUUCCAAAGCAUCAAUCCAAGCUCAACUUUAGACCAAGCCUUAGCCCAAAACAACAAGCCAGACACUCUACAACUGACCAUAGUAUUGAACAUAAUCACAGAAACAGUGAACCUACAGGAGCAUCAAUCCACAGUUCAACCUCCAAAUUGGGGCAUUCAUCCCAUUUCAGUACCUCUAAGAGCGCUGAACAUGGUCCAACAUUAAAAUCCAGGGACUCAUCCCAAAGCAACGUGAAAGGUCAAUCCACUCACAGCAACAACCCCAGCUCGAAGUCUAAAUCUUUCCCUGAUCCCAAGCUAUCCAGCUCUAAACCAAGUUUCCGACCGAGUGCCAGCCCGAAGCCUAGGGUCAAACUCCCAGAAAACGUCCCAGAGUCCAGAACUGGGCAUUCACAAAAAGAGUCAAAGCCCAGAAAGAGAGAACGGGAGGUCAACAGCCGAGGCAAGGCCCAGGGAGUGACCCUGGUGCCAACCGGCAAGGAGCAGAAGCAAAGGAGACUGGCGGAGGAGCAGCUGAUAAGGCGACGCUGGGUUCGGGGUUCUGAGGAAGACGAGGAAGAUAGGAGAACCGAGGAAGGGGAAAGAGAGAGGAAAAGGAGAAGGAGGAGGGAGCAGGAAGCUCAAUGGCAAGCAGUGCAGCCAAAGCAAAGACCUCAUACAAACAGCGAGCAUCACCCUCAAGUGGAAUUCAACCAACUCAACCUUGAGGCGCAGAGAAGGACGAAGAAAAGGCAGAGUAAAGAGGACAUUUCUUCAUGUCCUCAUGUGACAGACUCUAGCCCUUCUCCUCCACUCUCUCCACCCUCUCCUACUCCUGUCAUCCAGCCCAAACACUCCUCCUCUUCCUCUUCUUCAUCAUCCUCAUCUUCAUCAUCUUCCUCUGAGUCAGACUCAGAGUCUAGUCCACCCUGGAACAUAACCAAAGUCCCUGCAGAUUCAACAUCAAACCAAAAAAAGAGGGGGCACAAAAAACAGGGCAGAAGUACAGGUGCUCACCCCCACAGGCCGAGCUCAGGCAUCACAGAGGCAGAUAAACAAGGUCGGCGGAAACACAAACUCUACACGCUGGUUCCUUUCGGCCGUUCUGAAAAUUCCCCCACUGUCUCACAUCGAGGCCUGAGAAAUCUAGUAGUGACGAUAGACCUCUCGCUCCUGGCCAGAGUUCCUAAUGCAAAUGAGAUUAUAAAGAGACAGUCCUCGUCUUUGUCUUCGUCAUCAGGAAAGUCAAAAGAAAAGACAUUGAUGAGGCAUCUGCACAACUCUGAGCAACUGCCGGGAGAUGGCAGAAGUAAAAGAAAAGCUGAGAAUGGAGAGGCUCAAAGAGAGACUAAGAGAACUCACUCUCAUACAGACAAGCUCCCUGUGGCAAUGAGUAGAGUGACUGAGGAAACCAGCUCUGACAACAAACAAAAUGGAUAUCAGGAAGAUUGCUUUUACACCAAGAGGCCAGUGUCCCCAUUGUCUCCUCCAUCUGACUUAUUGGAGCUUUCGAAGUCCUCAGUGAAUACCCAGCAUGCAGAGAAGUACCACACACUCACAGAAAAAGACAGAGAUGUUACAGGACAGAAAACACAGGUCCAGAAGAUGCUCCCCAAGGUAGAGGUGGAGUAUGUGAGGGUAUCAGGACACCCACAGCCUCUCUCUGGCUCACGAGUUCCUCCCCCAAACCUUCCUCUUCAUAACAGAGGAACUGUGCCUAUCAGUGAUGUCUCUCAUCAUGCUGAGUACUACAUGCAUGAGGCCAAGAGGUUGAAACAUCGAGCAGAUGCAAUGGUGGAUAAGUUAGGUAAAGCUGUGAAUUAUGUGGAUGCUGCUUUGUCCUUUAUGGAGUGUGGUAAAGCCAUGGAAGAGGGACCACUAGAGUCCAAGUCCCCCUACACCAUGUAUGCUGAAACUGUGGAGCUCAUACGAUACGCUAUGAGACUGAAGAGUCACGCAGGCCCUGGAGCCAGUCAGGAGGACAAGCAGCUGGCGGUACUAUGUUUCCGCUGUCUUGCUCUCCUUUAUUGGCAAAUGUUCAGACUUAAGAAGGAUCAUGCUCUGAAAUACUCUAAAGUCCUGCUAGACUUCUUUAAGAGUUCUCCAAAAGCACCUCACAAACCCCCUCCCUGGAACGAUGCUGGAAAGGGUGCUGUACCUACUGCCUCUAUUUGCUCUGCCAACAUAAUGGGAUCUCACACAGGCAGCUCACCGAGCAAUGGCAUCAGCAUUCCCCAGCGUAUCCACCAGAUGGCAGCAAACCACCUCAAUAUCACCAACAGUGUACUGUACAGUUAUGAGUACUGGGAGGUGGCUGAUACCCUUGCCAAGGAAAAUAAGGAAUUUUUUAACUAUCUAAACACACUGACUGGACCCUUGACUCUGCAUAGCAGCAUGACCCAUAUCGUCCAGUAUACCAGACAAGGGCUCCAGUGGAUCCGGAUCAGCGCUAAUCUAUCAUAAUACAGACACACUCAAACUUCACACAUCACUUGUGAAAGCAAAUUCCUAAAGCCAGCUUACCAAAUAAUACUAAAGAUAUCUGCGCUCCGUGGCCAACGUUGGAUGUAGGGUCAAGACAAGUUAAGGUCAGACAGUGCUAAAGCAAAUUUCCCCCCUCAUAUUCAUGAGAGGCAUCAUGCCAGGACUGGGUAUUGAGGAGUGGACAUCCAUCAUUUACCCUACCAAGCAUUAAGUGUGGGAAUAUUCACACCAUGUCAGAAAUAAUAAUGUUUUCCUUGGUCAUGCAGUUCUAAGUACUUCUUUAGAAAUCCUUACCUAACUGGAACUGUAAAAUGUUAACAUUGUCAGCUGAUUCCUUAAAUGCUGCUUCUCCCAAAUGUGCCACAAUUUUGUAUUAGUAUAAUACAAUUAUUAGUAUAAUAAUAAUAAUUUUUUUUUUUUAAGUAGCCUGUAUUCAUUGUUGAAGCCAUCUUUACUGGAUUGAUAUGAUUUUUUUAUAACAAGGUGUUGCAUCAAGCUAAUAAUAAUUUUAAAUGAGCCUUUCAUCAUUUAUUUCCUGACAAUCAGUGCAUACACAAAGUCUCUUUAAAGCACUGUGGAUGUUAUUAAUGUUCUGCUGACUAAACAAAAGUUCUUUGUGCAAUAAGUCAGUCUUUUUACAUGUGAGUGUCAUGUAGAUGUUUUGGUGCUGUUUUUCAAUAACCAUUAUAAAGUUAUGUACUCAGUCUAUGCAAGACUAUUUAUGACAUUGUGAAAUUGUUGUAAAGUUUGAAAUGUAAGAAAGAAACGAGCAAAAUCGGACCUUUUUUAAUUAAAGUGUUUUUACAAAGUAUUGUGGUGGUGGUGGUGAUAAUAUUAUGAUGUUAUUGAUGAUCAUAUACCUUAUUUACGCUAGUGCCAUCUUUGAUUUUUUAUCAUUUUUAAUGGGAAUGACAAUGAGGCUGUAAAAGAUAGACAUAACCUGCAGUCUCUUCAAUGGCACAAAUGGUAUAAAGCUCCUUAGAUCACAUCUGAUUUUCCACAACUCAUGUUUUCUGGAGUUUUUUUUUUUUAUAAUGAAUGUUCUUGGACAGAUGUUUUAUCAAUGUUUUGUCCGUGGAACAAUCUUUAAACUGCAGUACUGAUUUGACACCUAGCUUUGUCCCACAUAGGUUCUGGGUCCACUUUGUGAUAUUCUGCAUAUAUAUAUAUUUGAAUUGGCACAAGUUUUAUGCCAUUUUUAUCUGCAUGUUUUUAGACUUGUGGGGGAAACUGGAGCACCCGGAGGAAACCCAUGCAAUCACGGGGAGAACAUGCAAACUCCUCACAGAAAGGCUCUAGUUGAGCCGGGACUCAAACACAGGACAUUCUUGCUGUGAGGCGACAGUGCUAACCACUGAGUUAGAGUAGAUUUUGUGUAUGUAAAUGUGGCUAUUUACAGUAAUAGGCUUUAUGUGUGGAUCCCUAAACAUCUUUUAAUGAAAUGCACCUGGAUCCUUAAACAAUUGUAUCUUAAAGGUGUAGUUCACCUCAAAAAUGAAAAUCCUAUCAUCAUUUACUCAGCCUCAUGUUGUUUGAAACCUGUAUGACUUUCUUUUAUACAUGGAACAAAAAAAAGAAGCUGUAAAAGAAGAUGUUAGGCGGAAUGGUAGCCUCAGUCACCAUUCAUUUUCAUUGCAUCUUUUUUUCCAGAUUUGAAAGUCAAUGGUCACUGAGACUGUCAGUCUAACAUUCUACCAAAAAUCUUUUGUCUUACACGGAAGAAAGUCAUAUGUGUUUGGAACAUCAUGAGGGUGAAUAAAUGGUAAAUUAGAACAUAAUGUUUGUUCGAACUAUCCCUUUAACUAUCAUAGUUUUGCAGACCGGAGACCUCCAAGUGCAGAGUUGUGCAGAGACGAUCUUUCUUUAAUUUGAAAUGUUCUUUGCAUCUUUGGCAUUGUGAAUAAAGCCAU